UAGCUGCAUGUCACUCAGUCAGUCAGUUAGUGGCUCCCGGUCCGCUGCGCCUGCGUCCGCCUCCACAGCUCUCCAAAGCCGAGACGCGCCACCGCCGCCGUUAAUGCGGGCAUGACAUACUGGCAGAAUAGUGGGCUUCCGUCAGCCUGCUUUUAAGCAGAUUACACAAGGAGAGGAAGAGAGAUAAGAAGUAGAAGAGAGUGAAGUGACACAUUUCUAACCCUUGCCGUGCGUCGAGAAGAGUAGAUGAGUCAAUGGCAGGGGCACAGCCUGGAGUCCACGCGCUGCAGCUCAAGCCAGUGUCCGUGCCCGAGAGCCUAAGAAGGGGCACCAAAUUUAUGAAAUGGGAUGAUGAUUCCACCACCGUGACCCCCGUGACUCUCACAGUCGACCCCAAAGGUUACUUCUUGUAUUGGACCGACCAGAACAACGAUACUGACCUACUGGAUAUAGCGUACAUAAAAGAUGCCAGAAAUGGAAAGUGCACCAAAACGCCAAAGGAAACCAAGCUGCGUGAGCUACUGGAUGUCAGCACACUGGCGGGGAAGAUGGAGAACAGGAUGCUGACGGUGGUGAGCGGCCCUGACAUGGUCAACAUCACCUACCUGAACUUCAUGGCCUUCACGGAGGAUACGGCCAAGGAAUGGGCGGAAGAGCUGUUCAACCUGGCAUCCAACCUCUUUGUACAGAAUAUGUCCAGGGAGGACUGCCUUGAGAAAGUAUACACUCGGAUGAAGCUGCAGCUGAACCCUGAGGGGCGCAUCCCCGUCAAGAAUAUCUUCAGGAUGUUCUCAGCAGACAGGAAGCGAGUGGAGACAGCCCUGGAAAACUGUAACCUCCCUUCUGGCAGACAAAAUGACUCCAUCCCCCAGGAGGAUUUCACUCCAGAGGUCUACAACAUGUUCCUGAGCAACAUCUGCCCACGGACCGAGCUGGACCACAUCUUCUCUGACGUGGGGGCUAAAAGUCGUCCGUACCUCAAUGUGGAGCAGAUGACAGAGUUUAUCAACAAUAAACAGCGAGACCCUCGUCUGAACGAGAUCCUCUACCCUCCUCUCAAACAAGAGCAGGUCCAGGUGCUGGUGGACAAAUAUGAACCUAACGCAUCUCUGGCACAGAAAGGUCAGAUCUCGGUGGAAGGCUUUGCCCGGUAUCUGAGCGGAGAGGAGAACAGCAUCAUCCCCCCCGAGAAGCUGGAUCAGAGCGAAGACAUGACCCUGCCCCUCCCCCACUACUUCAUCAACUCCUCGCACAACACAUACCUCACAGCCGGCCAGCUCGCGGGGAACUCUUCUGUGGAGAUGUAUAAGCAGGUCCUCCUGUCCGGAUGCCGCUGCAUCGAACUGGACUGCUGGAAGGGUCGCACCACAGAAGAAGAGCCCGUCAUCACUCACGGCUUCACCAUGACAACUGAAAUCUCCUUCAAGGAGGUGAUCGAGGCUAUAGCAGAGUGUGCCUUCAAGACCUCGCCCUUCCCCAUCAUCCUGUCUUUUGAGAAUCACGUGGACUCGCCGAAGCAGCAGGCUAAGAUGGCAGAGUACUGCCGGUCAAUAUUUGGGGACGCAUUACUGACAGAUCCUCUGGAGAAAUAUCUUCUGGAGUCUGGUGUGCCGCUCCCGAGCCCAAUGGAGCUGAUGGGGAAGAUCUUGGUGAAGAACAAGAAGAAACACCACAAGACGAACGGGAGCACCAAGAAGAAACUGUCGGAGCAGGUUUCCAACACCUACAGCGACUCCUCCAGUGUGUGUGAGCCCUCCUCCCCGAGCGCAGGUUCGACCAAAGAGGAGACGGCGGACUCCUCGCAGCCUCCGGAGGGAGCCGAGCUCAGCCUGAGGCCGCAGGGCAGAAAGUCUAUCGGCGAGGUUGAAGCAGAAAGUGAGGAUGAAGAUGAUGAUGAUGACGACUGUAAAAAGGGCUCAAUGGAUGAGGGUACAGCAGGCAGCGAGGCACUUGCCACGGAGGAAAUGUCCAACCUGGUCAUCUACAUCCAGCCAGUCAAGUUUAACAGUUUUGAGGCUUCCAAAAAGAUCAAUCGCAGCUUCCAGAUGUCCUCCUUUGUUGAGACUAAAGCUUUGGAACAACUGACGAAGUGUCCUGUCGAGUUUGUGGAAUACAACAAGCUGCAGCUGAGCAGGAUCUACCCUAAAGGCACCCGCGUGGAUUCAUCCAACUACAACCCUCAGCUGUUCUGGAACGCCGGCUGUCAGCUGGUGGCUCUCAACUUCCAAACCAUCGAUUUGUCCAUGCAGUUAAACCUGGGCAUGUAUGAGUACAAUGGGAAAUGUGGCUACCGGCUCAAACCGGAGUUUAUGAGGCGGCCGGACAAACACUUUGACCCUUUCACUGAGAGCACAGUGGACGGGAUAGUAGCCAACACACUGUCUGUGAAGAUCAUCUCAGGCCAGUUCUUGUCUGAUAAGAAAGUGGGCACGUACGUAGAGAUUGACAUGUUUGGGUUGCCGGUGGACACCAAGAGGAAAGCGUUCAAGACCAAGACGUCUCAAGGCAACGCCAUCAACCCUGUCUGGGAAGAGGAGGCCAUUGUCUUCAAGAAGGUUGUUCUGCCCACACUCGCCUCAUUAAGGAUAGCCGUGUUUGAGGAAGGUGGGAAGUUCAUCGGCCACCGUAUCAUCCCUGUGUCAGCCAUCCGUCCAGGCUAUCACUACAUCAGUCUAAGGAACGAGAAGAACCAGUCCCUGACUUUACCGGCUCUGUUCGUUUACGUAGAAGUAAAGGACUAUGUCCCAGACACAUUUGCAGAUGUCAUUGAAGCCUUGUCCAAUCCCAUCCGCUACGUCAACCUGAUGGAGCAGAGAGCCAAUCAGCUGGCAGCACUCACUCUGGAGGAAGGGGGAGAGGAGGAGGGAGACAAAGAGGUGGAGGCAGGAAGUGAUGCCCCCUCAGAAUCUAAGGUGGAUCAGAGGGUGGCGAUGCCAGCAGAGAACGGACUGAGCCACACGCCCAUCAUCGCCCCCAAACCCCCGUCGCUGGUCGGACACCAGCCGCAGUCAGCAGGCUCAUCGAAACCAUCAGUUAAGACUGAAGACAUCAUUCAGAGUGUCCUCACUGAAUUAGAGGCUCAGACAGUGGAGGAGUUGAAGCAGCAGAAGGGUUUCGUUCGAGAGCAGAGGAAGCAGUACAAGGAGAUGAAGGAGCUGGUGCGGAAACACCACCGCAAGACCAGCGAGAUGAUCAAGGAGCACACGGCCCGCGUGUCCGAGCUGCAGGGUCAGUACCAGCGGCGGCGCUUGGCCCUGCAGAAGAGCCACAAACGAGAUGGUAAGAAAAGAUGUUCUGUUUGCGUAUGUGUGUUCAGUCGGUCGGAACACUCCCUGUCCACCCUGGACCAGGAGCUGUGCGACCUGGAUCAGGAGUGCAGCCAGAGGCUCUCAGAGCUGAAGGAGCAGCAGCAGCAGCAGCUCCUCACACUGCGCCAGGAGCAGUACUACAGCGAGAAGUACCAGAAAAAAGAGCACAUCAAGCAGCUGGUGGAGAAGCUGACCACCAUAGCAGAGGAGUGCCAGAGUGCGCAGCUCAGAAAGCUCAGAGACAUCUGUGAGAAAGAAAAGAAGGAUCUCAAGAAGAAAAUGGACAAGAAAAGACAAGAGAAGAUCAACGAAGCCAAAUCUAAAGACAAGAACGUGACAGAAGAAGAGAAGCUGGAGAUCAACAGAUCAUUUGUCAAUGAGGUGGUGCAGUAUAUUAAACGGCUGGAAGACGCGCAGAGUAAGAGACACGAGAGACUACUGGAGAAGCAAAAGGAUAACCGCCAGCAAAUCUUGGAUGAAAGGCCGAAGCUGCAGAGCGAUCUGGACCAGGAGUACCAGGACAAGUUCCGCAGGCUACCUGUGGAGAUCCAAGAGUUUGUUCAGGACAGCAGCAAGGCCAAGCUUAGCGACGGCGACAGUGUCCAUGGAAACCUUGUUGCGUCCUCAACGACAGAGAAGCUGAACCACAAGGCGUCGCAGUCAGAGGACGACACGGAGGAAUGCUCGUCGGAACGAGUUUACGACACGCCCCUUUAGAGAUUCAACCUCGGCGCUUUGCUUCACACUGGGACACUGAUUGGUGGAUGUGUUUGUGACCACAGAUCUAGGAUGAGACUUGUCCUAAUUUUAACCAAUGGGAGGAUUAGAUCAAAUCUGAGCCUGAAUUGGUGAGUAGAGGUCUUCUCUGCUGUAAUGCAGUCUUGUCCGGAAAGAAGAUGGUUUGUGUAAAUAGUCCCUUUUUGUGUAUUUAUAUGUCCCCUUUAUGUUGUCGUCUCUUUCGGUACGGCCACAGGAUGUGUAACAAAGCACUAACUAUUUGCAGGAAAUAACUUACUUGAACUAUUGCACAGAGAGAGUAGUUUCUUUUUAUUAUUUUGUAUUAUCAUGAUAUUGACAGUAGUGGUAGUUAGUGAGGUGUUGUGCCAUGGUUCUGAAUUGACUUACAGUACAGUGGAAAUGUCAUUUAAAUAGAGUCACCUUGUACUGUACAUAAAACCACUGCAUAGUCAGCCUUUGAAGCUUCCAUCUUUAUACGAUUUAGAUUCACUCUUACUUAUUUGCACUGAAGGCUCCCUACGUAACUUUGUAACUCCUUUUACUUUAACCCAGAGGCACUGGUGGCUUGCUGGUUCUCCAUUUUGUUCUCACAGAACUUAGCCUAUGUGUUGCUGCUAUUUCGUUUUAAAACCCAUCACUUGUUAAAAUGUUCACUUAUAUAGCUUGUCUGAUAUUUGGCAUGGCGAUAUAAUGCAGUGUCAUUCUUGUUUUUCUUUGGCUAGUUUUUUAACAAGUUUGUGAAGAGAAAGGAAGUGAAGAGAAAGUGUGUUGUACAGUAUCUGCAUGUCAUUGAACAACUGUAAAUGUUACAGUAGCUUCGUAGCAGAGAUGUUUAAUAAAUGUAAAUCUAUUUUCUCGGAAAACAUUUAAACUAAAACCUGCAAAAUGGUGCACUGUGGCUUGAUGCGUCACUGUGGCAUGAGCUGGACUAAAAUAAGUAACAACACACCCUUUUGUUAGAUGGCUGAAGUCAACAGGUUGUGCAUUGUAUUCUUUAGCUUUGUCCUAAAACAGUCAAACCAGGAUAUUAAACCCGGAGAACAGGUAGCUGCUGUAGUUUUAUAGAAGUGGCCCUCCUGGUUCCUGGUACUGGUUCUCUGUGUACCUACAGAGGAAUGUGUGUGCAGUUCUCCCGCACAAAGAGCAGAUGCCCGUGACCACAGGAAGUACGCUGCCCACAGGCAUUAUGCUUAAUGUUAACCCACAAUUGGUAGCUCUAGUUAGAAGUGGGGAAAUAGUCCAGUUACAUGUGAACAAACUUCAAAACGCUCAGUUAAUAUCUGUGAAACACCAGUGUUUACUAAUCCAACGAGUUACUGGACUAUUUCCUCUUUAUGUAACAAACUGUGCCCAUUCAGUAACCAUGAGGAAGUGUUUUGUACUGACUUCCUUACUGUCAAGUACCAUUUAACUCACGGGUCAUUUAAUAUCAGAUCAUAUUUCAGCUGGAAAAAAAAAAAGUUGAAUGUGAAGGAUAACUUGACAUGUAAGUACAAACUACUUUCUAAAAAGACGAUAUUGAUGUGAGAGUCCUGUGCCUUUGAAUAGGUUUGCCUUGUUUGAUGUUGAAUGUGUGAAAUGCUACAUUGUUUAAAUUGCCAUUGUAUUAUAUGAUAUGAUAUUAUAUGGAGCUGUCUAAUAUUGAAUAGACCGUGUGCACUUAUGUGUACAGUACCACUACUGAGUAAUGCUUGUGAUGAGCAGUAUUUGACAUGUGUCUCAUAAGAAACGCGAGACGUACUUCCUUCUAGUCUUGAACCACUUUAUUUAACAGCCCCCCCCCCAUCAGUGUAUGCACUCUGGAAAUGUAAAUGUAUGUAUGACAUUAAGGAUCAAUCAUGAAGUUGAUAAAAAAAUAUAUAGUGUAAAGGGAAUUUGCCUGUCAUUAAAAUAAAUGUGGCUAUUAUUGUACUCUA